AGAGACAGAGAGAGAAACAGCAUUUGGGGUAAUGCUGGCAAAAGAACACUUGAUCAGAAGUUGCCAAGUACCGAAAGAAAAGUGCUCAGUGUGACUAUGGUUUGCAGAUGAAGGGAUGACAGCUCCACAGAUCAACUGCCCUGCAUGAGCUCCGACCUGGGGUAAUGGGUGAACGUCACCAAAGGGGUUGGUGCAGGGACUUCAUGUUGCAGCUCUAAGAGCUGCUCAGGUGAAUGCACUGUUGUUGCCACACAGAGACCUGGACAGCUCAGGUGUUCUGUGCUUCUAUCACACUGAUUUUUAACUAACCAGUUCCAGGAAGAGGACCUUCGAUCAGGAGAAUUGAUCGCUGCUGUUUCCUUGCUGCAUUGAAAGGGAAAUAAUGCUCCAUUCAACAUUGGCCUUGUCCCUCCUGCUAAUUGCAGUCACUUCCAACCUUGCAAUGGCAAUUAAAAAGGAAAAACGAGCACCUCAGACACUGUCAAGAGGGUGGGGAGAUGAAAUUACCUGGGUACAAACUUACGAAGAAGGGCUUUAUCAAGCAAAAAAAAGUAACAAGCCACUGAUGGUAAUUCAUCAUUUGGAAGACUGUCAAUACUGCCAAGCACUGAAGAAAGCUUUUGCAGAAAAUGAAGAAAUACAGGAAAUGGCCCAAAAUAAUUUUGUUAUGCUGAAUCUCAUGCAUGAAACCACAGAUAAAAACCUGUCGCCUGAUGGACAAUACGUGCCUCGAAUCAUGUUUGUAGACCCAUCUCUCACAGUACGAGCUGAUAUCACAGGAAGGUACUCCAACCGGCUCUACACGUAUGAACCACAAGACAUACCAUUCUUAAUAGAGAACAUGAAGAAAGCACUACGCCUCAUUCAGACUGAACUGUAACCAGCAACAGUGAAAUUACCAAAACCUCUACGAGGUGAAGAUGCACCUCUGUCUCUACUAGAAUUUUGAAAUCUAACCAAGCAGUUUGGUAUAUCAGAUUUCUUAAGAACAAUUUGGAGAACAAAUACAGAAGGACUAUCAUAACCAUUUGCAAAACAAGAGGAGAAAUAUACUAAACACUUUGAAACUAGUUAUCUGAAUAACUGAGAGUGAUGGCUUAAGGUACCGAAACUUUGAGCUGUACUUUAUCAAUCUAACUCUGACUCUAUUAAGUCAGUUAUGACUUCU